GGUGCUGCUGUCCGCCCCUUCCCUGCCCCACGAAGGAAUAGGUAGCCCCAAUCUUGAGACACGCUCCUCCACCUUCGAAAUCUUCUCGGUCCCGGUUCCCCAGGACUCAACCUUCACAGAGGCCAACUUCAGGUCCGCCACUAUCCCAGGAUUCCCGACUCCCGGUUUCCUGUCCUCCCCUCCCAGCUUCUGGCGCCUGCGAUAGCGGCAAGAUGGCGGACCGUGGCGGCUUGGGUGAAGCUGCGGCUGCUGGAGCGUCUCCUGCAUCUGCCCCUGGCCGAAACCCGACGCUAGGCUGGAGGGAGCGACUGCGGGCCGGGCUGGCGGGGACUGGGGCCUCGUUGUGGUUCGUGGCGGGGCUGGGGCUGCUUUACGCUCUGAGGCUUUACGCUUUGAGGCUGUGUGAGAAUUUGGCAGCAGUGACUGUAUUUUUAAAUUCAUUGACACCCAAAUUCUAUGUGGCACUUACAGGGACAUCUUCAUUGAUAUCAGGACUAAUAUUUAUAUUUGAAUGGUGGUACUUCCAUAAGCAUGGCACAUCUUGUAUUGAGCAAGUAUCCGUAAGCCAUUUGCAACCACUGAUGGGAGAAACAGACAGCAGCAUUUCGGAACCAGGUUCUCCUUCGAGGAGCAGAGAAAGUGAAAUCAGCAGACAGAAUUUGUCAGAAUGUAAGGUAUGGAGAAACCCUCUAAAUCUUUUCAGAGGAGCAGAAUAUAGGAGAUACACUUGGGUGACUGGUAAAGAGCCACUUACAUACUAUGACAUGAACCUGUCAGCUCAGGAUCAUCAGACCUUUUUCACCUGUGACACAGAUUUUUUACGUCCUUCAGACACAGUUAUGCAGAAGGCAUGGAGGGAAAGAAAUCCUCCAGCUCGAAUCAAAGCAGCCUAUCAAGCUUUAGAAUUAAACAAUGACUGUGCCACUGCAUAUGUUCUACUGGCUGAGGAAGAAGCAACAACUAUUGUAGAUGCUGAAAGGUUAUUUAAACAGGCACUCAAGGCAGGAGAAACAAUUUAUAGGCAGUCACAGCAGUGCCAGCACCAAAGUCCUCAGCAUGAAGCUCAACUGAGGAGAGAUACCAAUGUACUGGUAUAUGUUAAAAGAAGAUUGGCAAUGUGUGCAAGAAAAUUAGGAAGAAUAAGAGAAGCAGUAAAAAUAAUGAGAGACUUGAUGAAAGAAUUUCCUCCUCUUACCAUGCUGAACAUCCAUGAAAAUCUCUUAGAAUCACUUUUAGAAUUACAGGCCUAUGCAGAUGUUCAGGCAGUCCUAGCAAAAUAUGAUGAUAUAAGCCUUCCAAAGUCAGCAGCAAUCUGUUACACAGCAGCACUGUUGAAGACAAGGACUGUUUCAGAAAAAUUCUCUCCAGAAACAGCCUCUAGAAGAGGAUUAAGCACAGCAGAAAUUAAUGCUGUGGAAGCAAUUCAUAGAGCUGUGGAAUUUAAUCCUCAUGUUCCAAAAUAUUUAUUAGAGAUGAAAAGUUUAAUUUUACCUCCAGAACACAUUCUGAAACGGGGUGAUAGUGAAGCAAUUGCCUAUGCUUUCUUUCAUCUUCAGCACUGGAAACGAAUAGAAGGUGCUCUUAAUCUGUUACAGUGUACAUGGGAAGGCACUUUUAGAAUGAUUCCACACCCGUUAGAGAAAGGACAUCUAUUUUACCCUUAUCCCAGCUGCACAGAGACGGCUGAUAGAGAGCUAUUACCUACCUUUCAUCAUGUUUCUGUUUACCCAAAAAAGGAGCUUCCUUUGUUCAUCCAUUUCACAGCAGGAUUUUGCUCUUCUACAGCCGUGAUAGCCAUUCUCACACACCAGUUUCCUGAAAUCAUGGGUAUUUUUGCUAAAGCUGUGCUGGGACUCUGGUGCCCCCAACCCUGGGCAUCCUCAGGCAUUGAGGAGAAUACACAGGAUUUGAAGUCAGAAGACCUAGGUUUGAGUUCUGGCUGAGCCACACACUGUUCAUGUGACCUUGGACAAAUCACCAAAUUUUUCUGAACAGCAUCUGUAAAGUGACAGUAACCCCUACCUCACAGGGUUGUUGUGAGGAUUACGUAUAUGCUAAAGCAUUUUGCCUAUGAAAAAGCUUUUAUGAACAUUAUUGUUAUUCCUGGGGAAACCCCACCUUGGAAGCUGUCAAAAAGGACAACUGUAGAUGAAAUUGUCUUCCUUUUUUCUUCAUUCAGCUUAGCCUUUCUGUUUGGCCAGGGCUGCUUACAGGGGCUGUUGGGGUUGAAGUAAAGUCACCGCAUUUUGGCUCAUUUGGUCAAAGAGAAAGAACUCUAAUGUCCAGCUGCUCCGUCAAUAUACUCAUAGAAUGGAAGUGAGCAAAGGAAAAUUUUAAGCCAGGAUAGUUAACAGUUAGGGGGCCAAUGGGAGAAUGCUUGCCUUGCAUUUGCAAAUCCAGAAUGACUAAAACAUCUUAAGUAAAUGAGGAAUAGCCACAAAGAUGCUCAGAGAUAAUAUAAGCCAUGAGUGGGAAGUGGGAAAAUGAGUUUGUCAAUGCCCUCUCUUUUCUAUCCCUUUACCUUUGAGGUCAGGGACAGGGCAUAUUACUGACACCCCACUGGCUAUUGCCCUAUACCUGCCAAUCACCCAAAGAAAAUAAUAGCUUCUGAGAAAGCUCAAUUCACUGUAGCAACUGUGAUAUAUUUACCCUAAUAAAGCCACCACUUGGUCUUUUCCAGUGCUUCUCUCUUAUGGAGAUCAUCCCUGGACUCCAAAGCUCUGCAGUUUUCUAACCCAGUUAAGAGUUAAAAACAACCACAGGUCAUGAGCAGUAGGCUUGGCAGUUAUACCUCAUGCAGUCAUAGGAGACUGCCCCAUCAUUCUCAGCACAUAGGAUGCACAUCUCACUAUCUCUGGCAUGAACCAGCCUUGCAAACUUAUACAGGCUCAGCCACUCUGCUUUGGUGGUAAUUCUUCACCACUGAUCUCUCCUCACCAUGCCCUUUCUGCAUCCUUCCCCAACCACCCACCAGAGGAGUUCUGGUCCCCAAACCAAAGAAUUGCCUGCAGGUUGGUAAUGUAACUUUGUAGAUAUUCCUUGAUUAAAGCUAGACCCUAUUGGUAUCCUUUUUGAAGUACUGGAUCGAAAUCUAAUUGCUUUUUUUUUUUAAUUGUUGGGGAGAGGAGGAUGAGCAGAAGUCCUAUGCAGCCUGAGAGAAGUUCUGUAUGUGUCUAUGUAUGUACACCUCUGUGUGUGUGUGUAACCUCAUGGUUGUGCUCAGGCUGACAGGGAGGGCAAAGAGUGAAAAGGAAGCAUCUCUUUCUUGUUUUCCAACAUUGCUUCAAAGAUGCCCAACCCCCGUAGUAGCAGGCAGUUCCCAAGUGGAGGGUCGGGGCAGAGGCCUCCACCAAGGCCAUCAAUAACCAGGUGUGAGCUACAGGUCUCUGUGUAAUGUGAAGCUCUCCCGUAUUUCAUUUCUGCACCCAGGGGGCGGCUCUGCAGGAUUGCUUACGGAGAGCUCUGUGUCUGGCACCUCUCUCCACAAGGCCCAGGCGCCCAGGGUCCCACCGACCUGCCCAGGAAUGCAUCACAUUGUUCUCUGGUGCGGUAAUUUGGCUGCAGGAGCUAGGCUGAAUGCCUCCCAGGGAUGAGAAACAUACUCUCCCUGGCAUCCUCCCUUCGCCCCAGCUAGCUUGAGCUUCUGCUCUAUGACCACUGAGUGCAUUUAAAUAAAAACCUCAGAAAGACUGAGGAAAAAAAAUUCUAAUUAUCUCUCUUCUGUUAAGCCAUGUAGAGACUCGUGUCCUGAGUGGGUCUGAGAAUUUGGCAAAGACUUAGUGGUUGGUGUUCUUGAUAAGGGAAGUGAGAGAAAGGAGAAGAAAUUACUCCCUGCAACAGGAGGAAUAGAAAUGAAGCAGUGAGUGUUCAGAAAUUAGAUCUACAGGUAGUUUUGCAAACAGACCCUCAGGGCCAGGCAAUGUUUGUUUUUGUUUUUGUUUUUUUAAUCUGAAGCCCCUGAUUUUAUUUUUCCAGCAUCACUCUAAGGAAGAGUGUGGAUUAGUGCCAUUAUUCAGGGCUGGUAAUAAUAAAAGUUAGCUUUUAUCUGCAGGGCUAGGUUAAGGCUGGCAUUCUUACUUUUACAUUAAAAAAACUGGCUACAGGCUGUGCAGCUGAGGUACUUCAGUCAUGUGCCUUCUCUAAAGGAUUCUUAGAUCCUUAAAAUAUAUAGUAGGUUUUAAGUUUGUAUCUAAAUAGCACUUACUGUAAUGUAUUAUACCUAAACGUUUAUUAAAAGUUAGAAGAAAGGAAGGAAUGGAAGAGAGAAGAGGGGCUAAGACAUUGCUGAUCUGAGGGACAGACCUCUAUCAAAUAGAAGAGGGCUGGGAGAAGGGGUGAUUAGAAGCAGAGUGAGGGAACUAUAUGGAGCCCUGACUGCACCAAAUAAAGUUCUCAUUUUGC